AAUUAGUAUUUAAAUAAAUAAGAGGUGCCACGUUUCUCCAUGCUCUCAUUCUCCAAAAUCUCUCAUUCAUUCCACUUCACAAAAGAGUGAGAGCAGCAAAGAGAGAGAGAGAGAAAAGGGUUCCGCAAAAGGCCAUUAAAACCAAACGGUGUAAUGCAAAUGCAAGAAUAAACAGCUUCUCCUUGCCUUCCCGACAAAACUAGGAUGAGUUGUAACAGUAAUAGAAGCAUUAAGUGCGCAAUUCAAUUUCGCAUUUCGCAAUGCCAUUUCUGAAUAUUCCACACCCACGCCCUUUCUGUUUCUUUCGCUUCCCUUAUUUUCCCUAUUUUAAUUAAUAUUUCAAUAUUUCACUUCAUCUUCUUUCUCUUAUGAGGCUUUCCAUACUGCAACCUCAGCCGCAGCGCUGUCACCACCCGAUAAAGCGGUGGCCUCGCAUGGACGCCUCCUUCCACCGCCGCAAGGACAAGGUCGUUAUCAUCAUGGGGGCCACCGGCUCCGGCAAGUCCCGUCUCUCCAUCGACCUCGCCACCCUCUUCCCCGUCUCCGAAAUCAUCAACUCCGACAAAAUGCAAGUCUACCGCGGACUCGACAUCACCACCAACAAGAUCCCCCUCACGCAGCGCCGUGGCGUCCCCCACCACCUUCUCGGCGACGUCGACCCCUCCCUCCCGGAGUUCUCCCCCGCCGACUUCCGUCGCCGCGCUGCCCACAUCAUCGACGACAUCAGCAGCCGGGAUUGCCUCCCCAUCGUCGUCGGCGGCUCUAACUCCUUCGUCCACGCGCUUCUCGUGGAAGACUUCCAGCCUGACUCCAACGUCUUCCACGACGCCGAGCGGCUUAUAUCCUCCGAGUUGAGGUACAAGUGUUGUUUCCUCUGGGUCGACAUAGCUUUCCCUGUGCUAUCGCAAUACUUGUGCCACCGAGUCGACGACAUGCUCCAAUCGGGGAUGGUCCACGAGUUAGCUCAGUUCUUCGACCCCGAGGCUUCCCGUCGAACCGGGUCCGGUCUCAGAAAAGCCAUUGGGGUUCCCGAGUUCGACCGCUUUUUUAAUAUGUACCCACCCUGGGCCGGCCCCGCGGGCCCGGGCGAGGAUCCUCUGCGGAAGCGUGCGUACGAGGAAGCGGUGCGGGCGAUCAAGGAUAACACGUGCGAGUUAGCGGAGCGUCAGAUGGAGAAGAUCGAACGGUUGAAGUGUGCCGGGUGGGACCUACGGAGGAUCGACGCUACGGAAGCGUUUAGGGUGGUGCUGACGUCAGGGUCCAGCAAUGGGUCCGAUGUAUGGGAGAGACAGGUGUUGGAACCAAGCGUGAAGAUUGUGAGACGCUUCUUGAUGGAGUAGGUCUUCCAGCUAAAUCCAGCUACUACUCCUACUCUCUCUUUUUUUAUUUUUUCAUUUUUUUUUUCUCUUUUUCUAUCUGUUUAUUUAACCCUAAAAAAUGGAGGAUGAAAAAUUGGGGGGAACGGAAAAUGUACAAAACAAAAAUGGGAAUGGAAGUUGCGAAUUCUGCUGUCGGGGGGAAUGAUUACGAAUGGGUGUUUUGGUUUCGGAGUUGCGGAGCAUUGUUGGCUGUUAAGGUUUGGCACGUGCGAUUCCACAAUUUUUCUGGAGGCUGGUUUGGUUGUAAGAAAAAAAACAAAAAAUGGAAAGUAGUAUAGCAGAUGUUGAGAAAAAUUUUGUUAGCAGUAGGGUUUUAUGUUUUGUUUUUAGAAUAAUUAUUAUUAUUUAUUGGAAAAUUGGAAGCGGAAUUGUGAAUGGCGUUGAUAUAUGAUGUGUGUAUGAAUGAAGGAAAGAUAUGAUGAGAAAAUCACGUAAGAAAAGUUGAUGUUUUUUUAUAUUUAUAGAGAGAUAAGAGAUGAGAAGAAUAAAAAUAGUGUGGAAAAUGGAAUGAGACCAAAUUCUUUCCCCUCUUGAAUCAACUAAAAGACAACCAUUCGCUUUUUUUCUCCCCUUCUCUCUCCUCCUUUCCUUGUAUUCUUUUCUGUGUAGUGUGUGUUUUUGGGUCUCAAGAGGAACCAUAUGAGCACACUCCAGAUUGUGAAUUUGUCUUGGCUGCCUUCACAACACAACACAACACAUUCCUUCUGCUUUCUGCUUCCUUCGCAUCACCAUUUGUCAUUUUGUUCAAUCAUCUUAAUUCUAUUCAUUCUGUCUCCACUCAACGCAUUUAUGUCACCCACUCACCAAAUCUAUGCAUCAAUUCUGUUUCCUUCUGCUUAAUUCAUUUCAGUUUUAACUUCAACACAACACCACUGCACCAUCAACUUUUUUUAUUCACGCAUUUACCUAUAUUUAAUCUUCUCAUCCCAUUCACUAAUGUUAUUCCUGUUACUAUCUUCUAAAUUUCAUUGCACUAUUUUUUCUAAAAUUAGUUUAAUAUUAAUUGGUCCUAUUUGUAAAUUUUCAAUAUACGUAAAAGUUCCUUCUUCAACUCUUUGUUUUGACUUCCAUACCUUUUUUUAAUGGCCGAGGAAUAAUCCCUACUUAUUUUUUAGUUGCAAGCAUUCAGAAUCCUAAUUAACUAAUCCUAUAUAAGCAACUCCCUUUUUAGUUUCAAGCAUUCGGAAUCCUAAUAAACUAAUCCUAAAUA